AUGGGUUGGGCAGCAAAUGGCAUGGUCGUGUCGCGGCCUAUGCGCCAACACUAUCGAAUAGCGAACACCCAGAGGACUCCACAAAGCACUUCACCGCUGAUUACGCUCUUCGGGCGAACCGAACUUCGAUCUGAUAGAAAUUUCACCAAGGUCCUGCACAAAAAGGUCUUCCUCUUUCCUCUUUCCGUUGUUGUCGGGCUUGGAGGAGUGCGGCGUCAUGUUUCCCUUUUGUUCCCAGGCCUAAAGUGGGAGGAAAUGAAGACGGGCGAGAUGUGGGAGUGCAGCGAAGUGCGACCGGUGGUGGGAAUAAGACCCGAUGUUGAGAAUCUUUGGUUCAUGCUAAGCCUGGGCGACAUCAGCGCGGGUUUCGGUGUAGCCAUUCUCGGUGGAGCAAGCAGACAGGAAAUCCUGGCUGUUAAUGUGCUGUGCUUCUUCCCAGCACGUGGAAUGACAUUCUCACCCGAAGGAAGGAGCCAGCUCAUUCUCAGCUGGGGUAUCAUCGUUGGUGCCACCAUUGGCGUAGCCGCGCUGGCAGCCGCCACGAUGCUAUUGGAGCGGCCGACUGGCAUCUUGAAAAGAUGUUGCGAGCACUACCGAGGAGAGAUGCUCGAGUACUUCUCUGGUACUCAACAGACAUGUCCUCGUUGCGAGCAACGUUUUAUUUUACUGGUCAUACGCCCAUUUGUUGCAUUCUGGUUGAUGCUCCGGGCCUACUCUGACUUAUUGAGUUCCGUUUGUUUCGAGGUCACUUGCAUUGCAUCGUUGCUCCUCUGGAUCCUGGUCCGGAUGUAUGAACUCCUGAACUUGCAGUCCUUCGAAGUGACUGGAACCGGUUUUGGCUUUGCACAUUUUCUCGCAUUUGUUACACUUCUGGCCCCCUUGAAGCCGUGUGUAGAACACCUGUGGAGGAAUUGCGACGGCUACCGCGGCGUUGUGAGCCCGUGGAGAUGGGCCAGGUUCCGAGCUCCCAAGCGGGCCAGUCUGCCGACCCCGGCGGCGGACGAAGGUGACGAAGAUGGCCAUACAAGCUACAAGCCUGACAUACUCAGUGCAUCAGCUGGAACAGUCACGACUCAGGGCGACAUACCAAGUAAACGCAGAAAAGCCUCUACGACACCGUUACGAUUCAAGUUUUACCUUGAUACACCAUGGUAUGCGAGAGCUCUGCCGAUAUACGGAGGAUCAGUUCUGAGUCAGCUAGUCAUCAUGCUUGCCUUAACAGCCAUUGGAAGCAAGCCACCCGUUGAAGUGAUAACACUCUUACUGCCGUGGUGUUUGGCUUUCGCCCCUGUGCAAAUCUUGCUGUUCAACCUUGCCGCAAUGAUUGUCGAGGAGAAAGGACGAAGCACACAAGGGAAAGAUGUGGCUUACUGGGUUCUAAGCGCUUUGUUUGGAGUAAUUUCCAUUGGGGCAGCACUUGAUACUGUCGUUGGAAUUGGCGGGUUUCCCGUAUCGUACAUCGGCAUGGCUACUCUCUCCGUGACGGUCAUCGCUUAUGUGCUCUAUGGGUGCGUCUCGAAACCCGGCCAUCUGGCCAAAGGCAAAGCAACUAGCCGUGGCGAUGUGGACGAAGAGGCUGCCCUAAUUGGCUCCAAAACUCAGGCCCGGAUACCUGUGCGACGACCCAAACGUUUGCAUGGCCCCUCAAGGAGACUGGGCAAGCAAAAGAUUACGAACUAUGGCACGAUGGUAUAG